GGCAAACUGAAAAUUAGUCUGGCAGUUUUACUGGAAGUUAGUCUUCAAAGGCAAAAAAUUAUCGCGCGUCAUUCAAGUCUUCCAUAAUUUUGUCAAGUCGGCAAAGAAUGGUGAAACAAGAAUUGAGAAAAGAGUGAAUCCUAAUUCAGAUUAAGUUGUCCCUCAGUAUUUGUGAACUUACCCAGGAUGGGUGAAAUAUCCGUUGCUAUUUGCAUUGUUCUCAUCGUGUCAUCUUCAGCCUUUACUUCAGAGGGGAAAAUUCAAGACAUCAAGAUAGGUAUGUUGGAAAGACUGCACUGCCAUGUAUAUAGCAGUGGCAAUUCUUUUCUUUCAGUCACCCAAACAUCCUUUCAUUUGUGGAAAAGAAAAUUAAAAUAGUAAUGCUUAAUUUCAGAAUUUAUCGUUAUAUUUUUUUGCAAAGCAAUGUCCGCAGUUUUUCCUGUCUACCUUAAUCAGAAACGUUUUUGGUAGUGACUGCAAUUCAAGUGUGAGGCACCUCAUAUUUAAUUAAUGAACCAUUUUGGUCUGCGUUGACUGGGGAAAGUGGUUUGCAAACGUGUGUGGUUACGUAUUUAUUUUUGCACAAAAAUAUAAAAAAUAGAUUUAUGUAAUAGACCGUAUGAGAAAAAGGUGCUUCAAAAUGAUUGUAAAGGUUAAUGCUAAAACCUUUUUUCUUAAAAAUGAUCUAGUUAAACAGAGUCUGAAGAAAACAGAACGAGUCAGGAGGAAAGUAAUCAUAUUUUCUUUCGCACAUGCGGUCUAGAGAAUCCAUCAAAAAUUCCCGUCUUGACUGUCGUUCAGCAAUUUUUUUGUUCUUUCAUUUCCGGGGUAGUUUUAGUUAACGUUUUUCGCUCUACUAAUGAAUGCACAAUGCUCGUAAUAUCAUCUCUUGAAGUUCUCAUUGAGAUUUUUUUGUGGUAUAUUAUAUAACAGUUAAAAUUUUAGCCAUCAGCUAAAAAACUCUCUCCUCAUCUGAAAUUCAAAGGUUUAGUCAAUUCUUCUCCUUUCUGUUGGUCGAUCUGGCAAGUCACAGACAUAAAAAAGGCUCAGAAACAUUAAAAAGACAAUUAAAUAAAUGCUAUUUUUCUCUGUUAACAACAUGCAUCACAGUUGAAUGUAAAGUAUGGCACAUUCAGUUUCUCAGGGGCGGAUCCAGAAUUUUUUUUAGGAGGGGGUGCACUCGUCUCUUGCUCUACUUCAACACCAAUAAACCACAUAGUUUUUUUCUGCAGAAUACCAGUUGUAUUAGAAAACCGCAGGUCAUCUGGGGGGGGGGGGGGGGGGGGGGCGCACCCCCCCCCCCCCCCCCCGGGACCCCCCCCCGUUUCGCCACUUUCCUUUUUUUCCCCCCCUGACAACCCAACACAACCCCCCUUUUCCUUUUUCUGUUUAUUCGGUAAAAAAAAAUAAUAAAUAAAAUUUUCCACAUAUAUUUUGUGACAUGCAAAUUUUUGUGUCAAAUAAAAAACACUCCAAAUGGUGUGUUGAAGUAUUGUGCAAGGGUUUUUUCCGGGGGGGGGCUCACAUGUUUUUUUGGGGCGGGUGGUCCCUUCUUUUUUUUCUCCUCUAACCCAAAAAAACACCCAGUCUUUCUUCUGGGGGAACCCGUUUUUUUAAUAACACCCCGCGGCCCCCGGGCGGGGGGGGGGUGUGCGCACCCCCUGCACCCUCCCCUGAGAUCCGCCCCCGUUUCUGCAACUUUCCUUUGUUUACCAGCUGACAGACAGACAAUACCCCUGCUUUUCCUUUUAAGUGUUAUCGAGUAAGAUAAAUAAUUAAUCAAAAUGUUCACGAUAAUUGUGGUCACGUACAGAAAGUGUUUAGCUCUUUUCACCUUUCAUGUUCGUUGAAUACCAGUGUAUUCUAAAGUGCCUCGAAUUUAACAAUUUGACGCCCACAAAGAAAAAAUCGUUGUGGUGUAGUGAUUUGUUAAGCAGGGGCGUGUUUUCACCACUAGGGCGAUGCCAAGAAAACAUCAUUUGAAAAACGGGAUUCGGGAUUUUUCUCGUUACUUUCAAUUUUUUGUUACAUUUUCUACCCUUGAGGGGCAUAGGGUAAGAAUAGGAAAGGGUUAGCACUUUCUUACACUUCACAGCCGAAAGGCCAUGUUAUAAACAGAUCCAACAUCAUCCGACUUUAUCCCGUACCAGGGAGAUCAGAUGAGACAUACUGUCAAGCAAAUAUAAUAGUCAUAUGAAAGGCUUAUUUAUAAGUUAUCUGUGCAUCCAGGACUGGUAAAGCAUCCGCAAGUGAUCAUCAGUAGACAAAUAGUAACGGAAGCUUGUUUCUUUGAAAAUUGAACCAUCCUGAGCAUAUGAGCAUUUUAUCUCACAGGUGCAUUGUACAGUAAUAAGACGGAGAGCCUCUUUCGCGUUCUAGAAUACGUGAUCAAUUAUCUUCUUCCAAAAAGACUACUACAGCCACAAAACUACAAGUUCACCUUAGGUUCUCAUGUUAUGGUUGAUGGCCAAGAUCUUCUCUCUAAAGGUAGGGUGGAUUACUAUUGCUAUUUGAGGGAUUGUUCAGGUUACGCUUACACAAAGUACAUGUAGUGAUAAAGUCCGUUAUAGUGUUAAAGCCCGUUUAUAUUUAUGUUUAAUAUUAUGUUAGAAUUAAAACGUUUUUAUGCUAUAUCCUGUCAUUAAAUAUUACUAUUAGUAACCUGUAUGAAUAAAAUUAAAUAUCUCUAUAUUUAGAAAUACUACCGCUGCCAAUGAAAAAAUAAAAAACAAUAGUACUAUUCAGAAUAUCUGAUAAUCCAACUUCCAGUCUCUUCUGUGGUUGACUACGGAUUCAGCAAUUCUUUAUUUUACAUCGUAACGCCCCAAAGUUCAGGGUCUUUCUUAUGAUCUUCCUUGGCCGGUUUGAGAUCCAUCGGCGGAUCAUCUCAAGCGUAUUGGCUUGCUUUGUAUCGCAUUCUUAGUCAGUCACUUCAUAGCCCUGUUUUCUUGCAAGGCAGCAGGGAUAACUGGACAGAACGGAGAUUAACGAGGGUAGGAAACACAAAGAGCACGAGGAAAUCCUUCGGAAGAAAACAAAAAAAACUAUUCACAACGGGUUCUGAUACUGUCCACCGUUGUCUCACGAGGACUUCUUUAAUUUGCAGAGCUGUUAUCCAACUUUUCAAAGGUGAAGUGUAUUAUCGAUUUGGCAUGUGAAGAUGAAAAGGCCUUAGAUGUGAGUACUGUGCUUCAAGUGCCGUUGAUGAAGGUGGAUUCAUUGAAGGAUAGUACCAUUCACCCGUAUGUUGUGUCUAUCAGACCAUCAAAACAUCUUGUCAGCCAGGCUUUGUUUGACAUCAUGGAUUUCUUUUCGUUUACGAGAAUAGCGGUGGUGUAUGACGGUACGUUUUUAGAUUGCGACUUGUACUUCAGUUCGGUUUUGAAGUAAUCAAUGAAACUCGAGAGGAGUUUCGUAUGAUAUUUAGACAUCAAGAAGCAAUCUCACAUGAAACUCUUAAGUUCGAGUAUUUAUUGGUAAGCUUCCGAUUCUCAAAUAAUGAACUGAUCUUUACGAAAUUUGAGGCUAAAGUUCGUAACGUUUAGUCCUUGUGAAUUCUGCAAAAAUUUCGAGGGGCUCAGUUUUACUGAUUCAGUAAUUCACUAGCUAGAUAAAGCAGUAUACGAGCUAGAUAAAAAAAAAGGGAAAACUGGUAUUAUUGUUUGGACACUUGAAGGACCUCAAAAUUUGUUGUUUCGUCCUUCCUUUAUAAAACCAAAUUAAUGUCACCAGGAAUAGAUUUUAUUUACUCUAGUUAUGUAGCUUAAAUUUUCUCUCUUUUUUAGUAUCUAGAAUGAGGGAAGCGUCUCAUUUCUACGCCACAAUGCGUCGAUGGCCACGGUUUGAUAUUCACAUAAUACCUGAACUUGUACUAAACGACAGAAAAAAACUGCGUGAAUCUUUGAAGCGAAUACUUCAUUCACAUAUUAGAGAUAUCGUCAUAUUUUGUGAUCAAAGAGACUUGGCUCACAUUAUGAAUGAGGUGCACAAACUUAAUGUUUUUGGUGUUUUAAUUGCAAUUUCAGUUUUCAUCGAGGCAAUUUUGUUGUGUACUCUAUGACAGUGCUUCUAGUUUCUAUAGGUGCUUCCUAAAGGUGAAGGCUUCCUAAAGAAGUUGGAUUUUAUUGCCUAAAACGUGAAAUCUUUCCGGUAACAUGCCCUCAGUUGUACUCAUUUUGGUUGGCUUUCUUAGGCUCUGUUUGUUGGAAUAAAUGACAAAGAUUACCGAUGGAUUACACCUGAUUUGGUAAGAAAUACUAACGCUUCUAAUGAGUUAACCAAAUAGUUCUAGUGUUCAUAGUCUGGCACCUUUUUUAUCAAGGAAUGCAGACAAGUCGUAGACAAAAAGAGUUGAACUAAAUUUGCCUUUUUAUGAUUUUAUGUCUGAAUUCAAAUUUGGCACUUGAACCCUGGGUAAUCUUCACCCAGCUUUGAACAACUCGGCCCUGAAUUUGAUAGCAACUCGACUUCCAUUACUCUUAUUGGCAAAUUUUAUCACUUGUUUGCCCUCUGAAAUACCAAGUGACAUUGCUUUUAUCCCAUCGAUCCUAGGGCGCGUGCAAAGAUGGCAGGUAUCGAGAAUAAGGUCUAUUGUCUAUGAGAACUUUCAGAUAUACUCUCCCGCUGUUGUGUCAUACAGUAUCGCGCCUUUCUGUUUCUAUUUCCCCUAGAAUCAAAUGUUACGUAUCCUUGUCAAUUUGUUUCACUGUUAGGAGGUUGCAGGUGCCAAUCAGACAUAUCCCUCAAUUCUUGGAAUGGUUGGUCUUAGGCUUCAUGUUGGUGAUGAGCAACAGGCGAGAGUGUUACGAGUGGUGGCAUUAAAAGGAACCUCACUCGAAUACUCACUGGUGGGUUAUCAAAGUAUUCCGUCUUUUUUCUGUUGCACGGUGCCAUAGUGUUCAUUUGGCUGUGUGUAGGCCUAGCCGCAAAACUACGCGGCUAUUUGUUGCAUACCACGUCUGCAAUCACUGAUGGCUUUCUUUUUAUCUUCUAUCACUGAU